AUGUCGCCGACGCGAGGGGAUAUUGCCUUAGCGGACGAGGUGUCCAUGAAACGUGACACGGCUGCCGACCCCAGUGGUGCGCGGUUCCAAGACGAACGACACGAAAAUGAAACCACAGGCGAACCGAUAGGUCUCGGAAAGUCCGUGAGCGUAUCAUACCUACCCGGACUCAGUGCGGAACAAGUCACUCAGAUGAGAAACGACACACGCCAAGAAAUUAACAAUGUUACCAAGACCACGGCGGAGGCAUUACAUCGGGGCAAUACUCUAACGGAAAAGAAGUCCGCCUGGCCUUUCGACAUCUACCAAGCCACACUACUCUUCCCCGUCGAUUAUAAGUAUUGGGAACGCGACGUCCAAACAAGUGUCGGUCCCUCCAAGUGCAUUGCCAUGCACGCACACGCAUAUACUCCUGACGGUCAACAAGUGGCGGCCGAUCAGGUCUUCCAUCGACACUCCAUGAAGGAGGCACACCGUCUGGCUUACCAGGCUUACAUGAAGGAGCUCAACAAGAGCGGUUUUUAA